AUGAGUGACGAUUGUAGCACUGAUUCACCACCGAGAACACCUCCUCGUAGAGAGGCUGUGGGAAUAGGAGACGGUCAAAGGGAAGGUCACAGCGAGUACUAUCCUGUUACACCGCCUGGAGCGCGUAUCGGGGACAGAUUUAUCCCCGUCCGGUCACCCGACCCGGCGGUCGAAUUUUUACGACUGCCGUCUGGAAUUGCGUCAAAUAAACGUAAGAGAGAAGAAACGAAUUCUUCUGGAAGACGUCAGGGAAACGAACUUUAUCGUGUAGUUCUUGAAACGGCCUUAUUUCCAACCCACAACGAUUACCUCGAUCUUAGUCACACACCGACGUCUCAUCAAUUAAUGACAUUCAAAUCACCAUCUGCCAAGUUGAGACGCACGACUACCAUCGAUUCGCCAUUUCGUGACGCGUAUUCAACAAGCCCAUUGUCGCAUGAGGCUCAGAGCAUCCUAACUAGUUUACGUCCAGAAGGCAGAGGGGGUAAUGAAGAAGAACGACCAGGUUGUUUUAGGGCUUUGGAUGCGCCAGGAUUGCAGGAUGAUUUUUACUUGAAUUUACUGGAUUGGUCGCCACAGAACGUAAUAGCUGUUGGCUUGGGCGCCGCGGUGUAUCUAUGGAAUGCCAAGACGGUGGAGGUUACCAAACUAUGCGAAUACUCACAUUGGGAGUCAGUAACGUCUGUGCUCUGGUUAAGUCAGGGUGAUUAUAUCGCGGUAGGAACGAGUCGUGGAUUGGUUAAUAUAUAUGACGUGAAGACAAGAAAAAAAAUACGAAGACUGAAUGGACAUCGAGGACGCGUUGCUUCAAUGUCAUGCAAUGAACCUAUUCUCAGCACUGGAAGCUCGUGUGGUAUAAUUCUUCAACAGGAUUUACGCGUUUCCGGUCCUGCUCUACGUGUUUUAGCUGGUCACCACGGAGAGGUCUGUGGCCUUAAAUGGAACAGCGACGGAACACUCCUAGCAAGUGGAGGAAACGACAACACAGCACUUGUUUGGGAUGAUCGUGCAUACAUACCUCUUUAUAGUAUUCGAGAACAUAAUGCUGCGGUCAAAGCUCUUGCGUGGAGUCCACAUGCGCGUGGAUUGUUGGCUACUGGUGGCGGGACGCAUGACAGGAAAAUAAAAAUUUGGAACGUGAAUGCUGGCAAGCGAUUAGAUGUCUGUGAUACUGGGUCGCAGCCAGACACUUUUCGUAACUCUCAACGCAAAUCCAAACAUUUAAAGGUAACAAACCUCGCCUGGUCGGUUAAUGCAAACGAAUUGGUCUCCACACAUGGAUACUCCAAGCAUGAUAUUAAAAUCUGGCGUUAUCCCUGUCUUACUCCCACGAAUGAACUCGCUGGUCAUAGCGACCGCGUAGUUUAUCUUGCUACUUCACCCGAUGAGAGAUCUAUUGUUACUGGGGGCGCAGACGAAACUUUGAGGUUCUGGAGAGUGUUCAAAGGACGACAACUGGAUGUCGCGGAGAGUGAGAGUAGAUUGUCAUUGCGAGGGGGGAAUGUAAUUAGGUGA